AUGGUCCCACCUCGAUCCCGAUCGAUAGCACCACCGCUUUGUGCGCAGCCGCUUGCGAUGUUGCAUCGAGAACAUCGACUUGACCUGACUGUAGCAGUUCUUGCCAAAUCCGCAAAAUUAGAGGGAGAGACGGGGCACCGUGUCCAGGGUGGGUCAAAGGUGAACAUGACCUACGCGCUCGAUGGACUCUGUGGUCGUCCAAAAUCGUUUCAUUCGCUUAUGUCACCUUCGGAACAUCCUGAUUCAUCACAUCUCGCGGAAACUUUGCAACAGAAUGUACAAAAAUUAGGAACACCUUCAACAAGAGGGAUCCCAACCUUGAGGAUUUUUUCUAACACAGCCUUCAAGAAGAAAAUAAUGCAGAUCAAGGCAGAAAUAGCAGAAAUGUUUCUAAUAAUCUCGUGCCACAGUCUGUAUUUGCAUAAAUGA